CGGCAAGAUUGGCAGGAGGAGCUGCCAAUGAGGAGCGGGCGGGUGGGCGGGGCGCGGCGGCCGGGGAGACUCAGCCGGUACUGGCGGGCUGGGUCACUCGGAGCCGGGCGGUGGCGGCAGCAGGUCCGGGGCUUAUGCAAAGAGACCAUGACCACUGAUGAGGCCACCAAGAGUGAAGGGGAGGUGCAGGCGGCGGCUCUCGCUGAGCAUGGGGAGGACAUCACACCGGCUCGAGACCGAGGGGUCCUGAAGAUCAUUAAACGACCUGGGGGUGAAGAUGAGUCCCCCAUGAUUGGGGACAAGGUUUAUGUCCACUACAAAGGCAAACUGGCCAGUGGGAAAAAAUUUGACUCCAGCCGCGAUCGGAACGAGCCCUUUGUCUUCAGCCUGGGCAAGGGUCAGGUAAUCAAGGCAUGGGACAUCGGGGUGGCUACCAUGAAGAAGGGAGAGAUUUGCUACUUGCUGUGCAAACCCGAGUACGCGUACGGCUCCGCUGGCAGCGCCCCCAAAAUCCCCUCCAACGCCACCCUCUUCUUUGAGGUUGAGCUGCUUGACUUCAAAGGUGAGGACUUGUUUGAGGACGGAGGGAUAAUCCGGAGGAUCAAGAGGAAGGGAGAAGGUUACUCCAACCCUAAUGAAGGUGCUACAGUAGAAAUUCAUCUGGAGGGAUUCUGUGGUGGCACCAGGUUCGACUGCAAAGAUGUGAAGUUCAUUGUGGGUGAAGGGGAGGACCACGACAUCCCCAUCGGCAUUGACAAAGCCCUGGAGAAGAUGCAGAGGGGAGAGCACUGCAUCCUCUACCUCGCGCCACGCUCCUUCUGCCCGGUCAGGUACGGCUUCGGCGAGGCAGGGAAGCCGAAGUACGGCAUCCAGGCGAACACGGAGCUGGUCUACGAGGUCACACUGAAGAGCUUUGAGAAGGCCAAGGAGUCGUGGGAGAUGGACACAAAAGAGAAGCUGGAGCAGGCUGCCAUCGUCAAGGAGAAAGGCACGAUGUACUUCAAGGAAGGCAAAUACCUGCAGGCAGUGAUUCAGUAUGGGAAGAUCGUGUCCUGGCUGGAAAUGGAAUAUGGCUUGUCUGAGAAAGAGUCGAAAGCCUCCGACUCCUUCCUCCUGGCUGCCUUCCUCAACCUGGCCAUGUGCUACCUGAAGCUGCGAGAGUACACCAAAGCUGUGGAGUGCUGUGAUAAGGCACUAGGACUGGACCAGGACAACGAGAAGGGUUUGUACCGAAGGGGCGAAGCCAGGUUAUUGAUGAACGAGUUUGAGCUGGCAAAAUGUGACUUUCAGAAAGUGCUGGAAGUGAAUCCACAGAACAAAGCAGCAAAAUCCCAGAUCUCUGUGUGCCAGAAGAAAACAAAGGAACACAACGAGCGGGACCGGAGGAUCUACGCCAACAUGUUCACAAAGUUUGCAGAGAGGGAUGCAAAGGAAGCAGCUAGCAAAACCCGGGUUGAAAAAGUAGCAGAGAGAGCAGCUUGUGAAAAGGGAUCAAAACCUGAUGCUGAAGAUGCUAAAGGACAUGUAUGAUGGAGGAGGAGGGGAAGGGAGAGCCUCCUGCCCAUAGAAGAAGAUUGCUGUCAGACCUCAGGACUCGCCAGUGUUUUCUUGUAAGCUUGUUACAGUUUGUGUGAUCGUGGAAGCAAAAAGGCACCUUGCAAAGGAAAAUCCGAACCCUGUCCCACCGCCCUGGGCCGAGCGGGAGUGGCGGGAUGCUGUGGGACCACCACACGUGGAACAAACAGUGUGGAAACGGAGAGAAAGACAAAAAUCAUCAUCAUCAUCAU